AUGGAACUCCGCCUCCGCGCCCCGGCGUCCCCCGCUUCCGCCUCUCCGCGCGGCACGUCGGUCUCCCCCAGCCCCAGGCCGUAUCCGCGCCUGCCCUCACAACCCAUUCAGAAGCGAUUGUCCGGCAGCGCCGUCUCCGUCUCCAGGCGAGGCACCGCGGCAAGGAGCAGCCUGUGUUCCGCCCUGAUGGCGGCAUCAUACAACACAGGAACUCCGGACCUAGUCGACUUCGACUGGGAGACUCUUGGAUUUCAACUGGUCCCGACGGACUUUAUGUAUAUAAUGAAAUGUUCGUCAGAUGGAGUGUUCACCAAGGGUGAAUUGGUUCCGUAUGGGCCAAUCGAGCUGAACCCUGCUGCUGCAGUUUUAAAUUACGGCCAGGGAUUGCUCGAAGGUCUUAGAGCACACAGAAAGGAGGAUGGUUCGGUAAUUGUUUUUCGCCCCGAGGAAAACGCGUUGCGGAUGAGGAUAGGUGCAGAUCGGCUAUGCAUGCCUGCACCAAGCGUUGAGCAGUUCCUAUCAGGUGUCAAGCAAACUAUAUUGGCAAACAAGCGUUGGGUACCCCCCACUGGCAAAGGUUCUUUAUAUAUCAGGCCGCUGCUGAUUGGAAGUGGAGCUAUGCUAGGUGUAGCACCUGCCCCGGAGUAUACAUUUGUCGUCUAUGUUUGCCCAGUUGGUCACUAUUUCAAGGAUGGCCUGUCACCAAUUAGCUUACUGACUGAGGAAGAAUAUCACCGCGCUGCACCUGGUGGAACUGGUGAUAUCAAGACAAUUGGAAAUUAUGCUUCGGUUGUUAGUGCUCAGAGAAGAGCCAAGGAGAAAGGUCAUUCUGAUGUUCUUUACUUGGAUCCCGUGCAUAAGAAGUUUGUGGAGGAAGUUUCUUCCUGUAAUAUAUUCAUGGUGAAGGAUAAUGUUAUUUCUACUCCACUAUUAACGGGAACAAUCCUUCCUGGAAUCACAAGAAGAAGUAUAAUCGAAAUUGCCAGCAAUCUUGGAAUUCAGGUUGAAGAGCGCCUUAUUGCGAUAGAUGAGUUGCUUGAUGCUGAUGAAGUCUUCUGUACAGGGACUGCCGUUGUACUAUCACCUGUUGGUUCCAUAGUGUACCACGGAAGAAGAGUGGAGUAUGGGGGCGGGAAGGUCGGAGCUGUGUCCCAGCAACUGUACUCAGCACUUACAGCUAUCCAGAAAGGCCUUGUGGAGGACAGUAUGGGAUGGAGUGUGCAAUUGAAUUAG